AUGGUUGGACUACAGAAAGAAUUACGUGAAAAGUCUGAAAACUGGGAAAAAGUACCAAUAAACAUCGCAGUGAUAGGCGAGUUGAAAACUGGCAAGUCGUCUUUUAUAAAUGCUGUUCUCGGUCUUACAGCAGACGAUGAAGGCUCCGCCGAAGUUGGUGUAACGCAUAAAACAACAGAACCAAAGGCAUAUGCACAUCCGCGUUACCCAAACUUUAUACUGACAGAUAUGCCUGGUGUGGGAACGCCCUUCUUUAAAAAAGGUGAGUACUUAGAGGGUACAUCUUUCUGGAAGUACGACUACUAUUUGCUUCUUUCUGCGAAAACGUUCACAGAGAAUGAUCGUUGGUUGGUACAACAAAUUCAAAAGCGCAACGGCCGCUUUUAUAUCAUAAGAACGCACGUUGAAAAUGACAUACGUAAUGAUGAAAUUCACAUCCGAAGACACAUAAAGCUGAAACAGUAA